AUGUCUCGCCGUGGUGAAAUGGAAUAUAGGAGGUUCAAUUUAGAUCCAAACUUUAAACCCGAUAAGGGUAUCUAUGAAAGCCGCCUUCGGCAGUUUAUUGAUGCUACUGGGGAAUAUAGUUUGUUGAAUUUACCUAAACUCUAUGAUAAAGAGCGUGUAGGUAUUGUAAAGAACUUCGUUGAAGUACAGUACUAUCAAAUUCCAUAUGCUAAGGAGACCUCCCCUGUUGACCCUGAAAAGAGGCCCCCUUGGGAGGAAGUGAUAAACAAAGACAAAAACGGGGAAAUCCAAUGGACCGAUGUAUUCGUCGGUCAACCAUUUGGCCCCAGCUGGUCUACUACCUGGUUUAAGGUUGAUUUGUUUAUACCUGAGGAGUGGGUUGAUUCCAACGAGCAGCUAUUGUUCGAUUGGGAUUGCUCCAAUGAAGGAAUUGUCAUAGAUCCUGAAACCUUGUUGCCUUAUACUGCUUUCUCAGGUAACGGUGAAAGGACUGAGUACUUGCUUCCAUUGGGAGAAACCAAUAUAAGCUUCUAUAUUGAGUGUGGUAACAACGGUAUGUUCGGAGUUGGUGCCGGUACCGCGAUUAGUCCCCCUGACGAUAACAGAUUUUUCCAGUUAAGAAAGGCCGACCUUGUUUGGCCCAAUUGGGAAGCCAGGGCUUUGUAUAUUGACUUCUGGAUGCUUUCCGAUGCGGCCAGGGAGUUGCAAGACUCUAGCUGGCAGAAAGGCCGCGCAAGACAGUUGGCUAACGAUGUCAUGAAUAUGUUUGACCCAGAUGAUGUAAGCAGUGUUGACAGGUGUCGCGCAUACCUCAAGAAGCAUUUUUACGACAGCUACACUGACGAUGCAGCUGUCUAUAAGCAAGGUAACGACAACGUGGUUGCCAAUGUUUGGGCUAUGGGUAACUGUCACAUUGAUACUGCCUGGUUAUGGCCCUUUGCAGAGACAAAACGUAAAAUUGUACGUUCGUGGACAUCUCAAUGUACAAUUAUGAACGAGUAUCCUGAAUAUCAGUUUGUUGGAUCUCAGGCUCAGCAAUUUAAAUGGCUAUUGGAGGAGCAUCCUCGUUUUUUUAAGGAGGUUUUAAUUCCAAAAGUCCAACAAGCUCAGUUCUUCCCGAUUGGAGGAUCGUGGGUUGAAAAUGACACCAAUAUACCUAAUGGAGAAUCGUUAUGCAGGCAGUUCUUGUAUGGUCAGCGUUUUUUCCUGAAACAUUUUGGCUUCAAAAGCGACAUAUUUUGGCUACCUGAUACCUUUGGAUAUUCAUCGCAGGUACCUCAGAUUUGCCGCAUAUCUGGUAUAAAAAGGUUCUUGACUCAAAAGCUGUCUUGGAACAAUAUCAACAGUUUCCCACAUUCUACCUUCAAUUGGGUUGGAAUUGAUGGCACUGAGGUCUUGACUCACAUGCCGCCAGGUAAUACCUACACUGCAAGCUCCCAUUUUGGAGAUGUACUUCGUACAGCAUACCAAAAUAAGUCUUCAGAGGUUUAUCCCUCUGGAUUAAUGUUAUACGGUUACGGCGACGGUGGCGGUGGUCCAACCAGAGAAAUGCUAGAUAAAAUGAGGCGUAUCAGGUCGAUGAGCAAUCGUAACGGUAAUGUGAUACCAAAGUUGGAGGUUGGUAAAACUGUGAAGGAAUUCUAUGACGAUAUUUUAAAAAAAACCAACAAUGGACGUACUUUGCCUUCCUGGUUUGGUGAAUUGUACUUCGAGUUUCAUAGAGGAACGUAUACCACGCAAGCUGAAGUUAAGAGAUUGAUGAGGUUGUCUGAAGUUAAAAUUCAUGAUUUGGAAUGGAUUGCAACAAAAACGUCGAUUCUUUUCCCCAAUGAGUAUCAAUAUCCAGCCAAACAAAUAGGAGAAUUAUGGGAAAAUAUUUUGUUAUGCCAAUUCCAUGAUGUUUUGCCAGGCACUUGUAUUGAGAUGGUAUAUAAAUACGAAGCUGUGCCAAUGCUUAAAACUGUAGUGGAUACUAUAGAGCAUUUAAUUGCUGAUGCUUUGGAAGUUUUGAGGGGUACGCACAAUAAUUUUGAAAAGAUAGGUACUUUACAAUGGGAUAGCAAACCACCUUUAGUCACUACGUUUUUUGAACCUAAAGUUGAGCGAACUCUGUAUCAUGCCAGUGUCCUUGAUGAUGGUAAAGAUAUUACCUUGUCCAACCGUAAACUAGAAGUUGUCAUUUCUAAGAAAACCGGUGCCAUAACCAGAUUGUACGAUCUGAUCUACCAAAUUGAAUAUUUGGAUUUAGAAAAUGGCAGAAAUAAUUUGGGUGCUAACCAAUUUGUGAUUUUCGAUGAUAAACCUCUAAACUGGCAAGCUUGGGACACUGAAUUAUACUCAGUAAACCAAUAUAAGUACUUGUCAAAGGUAGAGAACGUACGGAUAAAAGAUAACUCCGAGUCCAUCUGUAGUGUAGAGAUCGUCAUUGCUAUCUCUCCCACUAGUAAGAUUGUAACCACUGUAUACUUGAGGGCAGUUAAGGAGGACUUACUUGAUGAAGCCAAGGUUGACAUCACCACAAAAGUACACAAUUGGGAGGAAACCAACAAAUUCUUGAAGGUUGAAUUCCCAGUUAGUGUCUUAAACGAUUUUGCCUCCUAUGAAACACAAUUUGGUAUCACCAAAAGACCAACGCAUUACAAUACCUCAUGGGAUUUGGCGAAGUUUGAGGUCUGCCAACACAAGUUUGCCGACUAUAGCGACUUUACCAAAGGUGUUUCCAUAUUAAACGACUCGAAAUACGGCUUUUCAACUCAUGGAAACUUAAUGCGGUUGUCGUUGCUUCGCUCUUCUAAGGCUCCCGAUGCACACGCAGAUAUGGGAAAUCAUAAGUUUAAAUAUGCCAUAUACCCCCACAAAGGUGGUCUAUCUUCACGUUCAGUCAAAUUAGGAAUCCAAUUCAACUAUCGUUAUAAAUACAGUAUUCCUAAGGACAUUGCCCACCAAUUCAAAGAUUUCAUUACCAUAGUCGGUGAUCCUAAUGUCAUAUUGUCCAAUAUAAAACGUGGUGAAGAUGACCGCCUAUUAAAUUCAGAUUAUGCAUUGACAGAGACUGAUACCACCUUUAUUGUAAGGGUGUAUGAAGCUUGCGGUGGUGAAUCCAAGGCAACUUUGCUAAGCAAUUUAUAUGUGAAAGGAGUCGAGCAAAUCGAUAACCUAGAAUUAGAAACAAUUAGGCAAAUGAUCUUAACUCCUCCAAUUGAAAGUGUAUAUGGAAGAACAGGAGUUCAAGUCCAUUUGAGACCUUUUGAAGUAGCAACUUACAGAUUCAUUGUUUGA